AUGGCCGAAACAAUCCUCUUCUGGGACUUCUCUGGAUGCCCGGUCCCUGAGGGUCUCCCCGUUAAUAAUGCUGUUUCAAACAUUGAAUAUUCGAUUCGUGUUACGGGUUGCCGUAAUCUGAUGAUGUCAAGAUCAUUCUUUGUUUAUUGUGACGCUUUUAAGAUGUGUGAUGUCUUGGGGAAUAUCUAUUUCCCAUUCCCCAUGCGACACGCAGGCACUAAAGAAGAGAGACGCAAGAAGGUUUUCGUGGACUUUAUGGGCAAGGCUAUUGGCCAUCGUCAACCAUUAAAUCUGGUGGUAAUCAUGGAGGACAUCUCAGAACACCCGGAGAUCCUCCAUGCUCUUGAGUUUUGCAAAGGGAGAAAAAAUAUCAAUAUUCUUUUAUCACAGCCACGUCUUGACCUGAUAUCAAAGGAGCUACUUAGUUCUGUCGGAGCAUUAUGGCUUUGGAAUAGCCUAUGUCUCGCAGAAUGCCCUUUAACAGCAGAAGACAUUGAAGGAAAAGGAGAAGGACACAUCAAAGGAGAAGGAAGGAGAAGGCAAAGGCAAAGGCAAAGGCAAAGGAGAAGGAUACUAGGAGCUCAGCUCCGAGGAGUCUAA